AUGCCUGUCGUUAUCUCCGUGUUGAAUAGUCUCAGUGGGUGGGCUGGAUGUGCGGCAGGAUUUGCAACAAUCAAUCAGUCGGCCACUAUAGGGGCCGCUUCGUCGGGGGAUGUACUUAUUAUUGCAGGGGCUACUGUGGGGGCGAGUGGUGCCAUUCUGUCGUAUGUGAUGUGCAGGGCAAUGAACCGCAGCCUGAAAAACGUAUUGAUUGGCGGUUUUGGCUCAGGAUCAAAAAAAAAGAAAGCGGUGGUUGAUGACGGUAUUAAACUCGAGGCGAAGGAGAUCACUCCUUCUGACACGGCCGAGGCUUUGGUGGAUGCCAAGAAGAUUAAUAUCACUUUGACAUGUACAAAGGGCCACCUUGCACCUCGCGUCACAAAAAAAGGACACCCCAAGACAAAUCUACCAUGA